AUGGUCUACGGGAGUGAGGAGGAUACCAGGUGGUGUAUGCGGAAGAGGAUCCGCUACUUCUCGAUGCUUGACACUCGUCCUGUUCUCUCUUCCUGCAGCUCUGAGCUGGAGGCAAGUCCAGCUCUUGGGCUUGUCUUUGGAAACGUUGCCGUGAUGUUGGGCCCUCUGGCCUUCAUCUACGUCCUCAAGCAAUUCGAGCCGAUCGCUGCCUCCUGGAUCUUUCUGCUUAUGGGGAGAGGGAAAUGUCUCAAGUACCCGAUGAGGGAGGUCUGUAACGCACAGCAGUUCCUGGCUGCAGCGGUUAGCACCUGCUUCUCGCUCUUGAGGUCCGUCAUGGGACAAGAGACCUUGUCCAUGAAGGGAUGGAGCCAAAAGAAGACGAACUUGAACGGCCCCAACCUCAUUGCCGUCAUGCAGGCCAUGACCGGGGCCCUUCUCACUCCGAUCCUCCUCUUGUCUCAGAUUGUUCAUCUGCUCUCCUGGAACCUCAACAGCCCCUCCCUCGUCCUCGUACGGCUCGACCCUGUCGCUUCCCCUCCUUCAAAGUUGAUCUUCACCUUUCAGCUCCACAAGCGGCUUUCGCCCAUCUCCUACUCCUUAGGCAAGCAUGGCGAGCUUCCUUCCCUUCUGACGAGGCAGGCAGCCAACCAAGUGAAGACUCUCGUUUAUAUCGCCUCUGCCGCUCGUUUCUUCGGCCCCGCCAUGCCCGUCAAGGUUCCCUGGCGUCAGUCGGUCAUGAGCCCUGACCCUCUACAGUCCUUCCUCGCGUCCACCGUCACCACGGCGAGCCUCAUCCUCUACUCCAAGGAGCUUGCGAGAUCCUACGAGAGCGUCCGGCAGACCGUCAGCAAGUGA